UUAUUAUAAACAACAACUUGCCUAGAUAGAUCUAGACUCCCUAUCAUUCUCAUACUACUCAACUCAUACACUAGAUUUCAUAUAUCUGACUUGACUAGAUCUAGAUUUCUAUCAUAUCUAUCUAUAUAGAUCUAGGUCUAAUCUAGUUAAGUCUAGUAUAAUCUAGAUUUCAUUAUCUAGAUCUAAUUACGUCUACAAUUUUAAGAUUUUCUAGAGUAGAUCUCUAUUAUUGUAGAUCUAAAAUAUAUAUUAAAGGAAUAAGAAUAUUAUUAUAUACUCUAAUACUGGCUUGUCGCCUUGUGGCUUGAAAUUUGAAUCUUCUGAGGAACUUUUCUUGUUAAUGUUAGAUCUACGAGUGCGGAGUUGAUUACAUGAUUGAAUGUUAUGAUGAUGAACUCAUGAAGCUUGAUAAACCUGAGAAGUUGAAGUAGAUAACAAAAAUCUGCAUUUUCGUUUGAAAAAUGAAGACAGAAGUUAAAUCUAAAUCUCAUGGAAAUCAUGCUUUACCCGUUCUUACAUUUAGGGCGGAGUUCAAACCAUUACUUUCUACAGCUAAUAUUUCCUUAGAUUUUCCGAGCCUGGUCAUUGCUGAGCACCCCAGUAUUACAGUUGAGCCACACAGCGUCUCCAUUCAAACUGAAGCAUGUCUUAUAAAGUUUCCUAUAAGUCAGUUAACUUUAAAACCUUCAACGUGCAGAGGCCUGCGUUGGAACAGUCAAACUGAACUUCAACUUACUUUACAAGCAGAAUGGAACAGUAAUGAAGUUAAAGGUGGUGAUGCAUCAAGAAAUGCCUUGUGUCAAUUCACACCAUUUAAUCAUGAGCUGUUAAUUUCCAAAAUCAAAGCCAGCCAGUCUCGGUGUUUCUGUGCAGGAUGUGGUGCACAGCUUCUUAAAUCCACUUGUGAAUUCAAGAGAAUUCUUCCUCUACCUACUGAGAGUUGGUCAGACUUUGCAGACAUCUGGUUUUGUCAUAACCACUCUGAUAGGAAGGAUCACAACCAUUCCUGCUCCAGCCAUUCAGGGGAGAGCACACUUCCUGACCAAAUAAAAAAGGUGAAAGAAAAUGGAUUGUCUCCUCGAUUGGAAGACUGUCUAGUCAGCAGCUUAUAUUUACUUAUCAGUGCCAAACAAGUGAAGUCAUGUGCAGUCAUCUGCAAUGCUGACAGGCUGGUCUGCAAAAGAUGUGGCAAUUUUUUAGGCUUCAUAAAACUUGGAAAUGCAGAUGGAGGUGAUCAGACAUUACAUUCCUACUUCCAUGAUCCAUUGAAUGGCAUAUACAAGAUAUAUUUUCAUGCCAUUAGUUUUCAAGAUGUCAAGACAGAUGUUAGUAUUAGUACAACACCAGCUCUACCUAAUGUAAAAUCUGCUGCAGUGGACAGCACUAAGGAACAAUCAAUAGAGGAUUUUAUAUCAAAUCUGUUGAAAGACCAGAGUCAUGCAUUUACCAGUUUUAGAUUUAUAAUCAAUUCAACAUUACAAGGCGAUGGAAAAAAUGCAGUUUUAAUUUUGCUAUGGCUGCUAGACCAAGAACUAGCUGUGUUCUCAUCAUCAGCCACUAUGAGUGUCUGUAAACCAAGAUCUUUGUCUCCGAGUAGUGAUCAAGUGAAAUGUACAACACCAGAUGUUGCACCAUGUAAAUUUAUGAAGAUACUUUACAAAGCCAAGUUUGUCACGCUGAACGAAUAUCAGUCAGAAUCUGUGUUGACACCUGAUGUAUUUAAAGCUUGGCAGAAGGAUAAUACAGUUCAUGGCAUUUCACUUCCUCACUCUUUGUGUAAACAGCUAAUAAGUCUGUUAAUAUCCAGCACUAAAAAUCUGACUUUAUCACAGCGCAGUUUAAAUGGAUUCCUUGUAGGCUAUUUAAGGACAAACUGAUGAUAAUAAUCUACUUCAGAUGUCACCUAUAUAUUUCAAUUUUUUUCUACCAGGAUACAAUUUUUACAAAAAGUAGUUUUAGUUAAUGAGAACAAAGUUUCUGAUUUUCAUGACACAGAUAAUGAAAUAAUAAAUAAUAAUAAAUUUUGAUAAUAAAAAAAUAUUUUUUUUCUAUUUUUAAAGUUUUUACUUGAUUUAACAACUACAGAAAUAUAAGUAGAAUUGGGGGUGGGAUUUUUUUUCUUUGGGCAAGUAGCACUGUAAUAUACUAAAUCAAUUCAUAACCUUAGAAACACGACUGAUACACACAAUAACACAGUACAGACUGGUCACGAUUCACAGACUACGAUAAUGCGAACACGAUUACAAAUACAAGCACGGGUAACGUACAAGUUCAUUUAACGAUCACUCCAAGCACAUUUUGUAGUGGGUCUUCUACCUGGUGCUAAUGUUUUAUUUCUGUUGGUUUUCAUAUUAACAUACAUUUUCAUAUAGAGUUUUCUGAAAUUGGUUGGUCAAGAUUUGUCAUAUAUUUGUCAUAUAUAAUAUUAAAUUUAAAAAAUAUUGGUUUUCGUUUCUGUCAAAGUAGGUUUGUUUUUUUGUUAACGAUUCUAACUGUUGGCCACUUUGACAAAAUUGACUUUUUUUUUAAUUUCUGGAAUCUUGUUGACAUUAAAAACUCCUAUGAGGUUUCUUUUCCACAAGAUUUUCUAAAAUAAAAAUACCUUUGCUCUACAUUACAAAACAGCUUCACAGAAUUAUAUUCUGGAUGAAAAAUUACAUGCUCAUGUUAAUUCUUUAAUGUUGAACUUGAUCAUUAUGGUUAAGUUUUAAAUCUGAAAUUGUUUAAAACAACAAAGACUACAUUGAGCCUCAAUGUUUAUGUAAGUAAUUAGGUGUUCAAAAUAUGUUCAAUUUCUUAACUAGCUUUUCAUUUCUAAAUUCUGCCUGUUUGAGAUGGAAGACAUUUUCAUUAAGUGCAAUUAACAAGCAAUUAAAAAACUGUAAACUUUGUUAUUUUAGUGCACUAUUACACAGACUUAUGUGUUGAAUUUUAAAGUUUUGUUUUAAUGGUGCUUGUUUUUGCUCUCUAAUGUCAGAGCAAUGCAGCAAGUCUAUAUGAUGUACAUGUUUGUGUGGCUAAGGUAUAGGGCCUAUGUUUAAUAUAUCUAAGCAUUAAAGUUGUGAAUGCUAUAUUUGAGUGUAAUCUUAAUGUUCCACUCGCCACCCAGUAAUUAAUAUUAAACCAAAUUUUAUUUUUAA